CAAACAUCAACACACGCGAACAAAUGCCCGCCUGCAUCUACAUCUGCAGGCCAGAAUGCACAUGAUCUCCUCUUGAUGAUGUUUAUCCCUCGAUGGAAUACUAGGCUUCUCUUAAUUCUCAUCUUUCCUUGAAACCACAUCCCACCUUGAUCGAACACUCAGCCACACCCAAGCUUCCUCCUGCAGUUGAGAGAGUUGUGGACGAACGGCGGUCAAAAAAAGUCAGACAAUCCAACCCAGCGCAAUCCAAAAUGCGCGAUCCCCUCCCCGCACCUGUCUUCCUAAUCACCCUCACAACCCCCGUCGCCCAAAAACUCGGCCUCACCACCCUCCCCAACCACAUCCAUGAACUCCUCCUCGGCUACCUUUGGUACCACAUCCUGCUCACCUUCAUCUCCCCGACCCUAUCCAAGCUCCUCGUCCCCAGGACCUACGCCUCAUUCUCCCGCCGCACGCGGCUCAACUGGGACAUGCACUGGGUGUCUAUGGUGCAAGCGCUGUUCAUCAAUUCCGCGGCGCUGUGGGUUAUUUUGAGCGAUAAAGAGAGGGAGGGGAUGGAUUGGAGGGGGAGGCUUUGGGGGUAUACUGGGGCGCAGGGGAUGGUGCAAGGGUUUGCGGCGGGGUAUUUUUUGUGGGAUUUGUGGGUUAGUGUGAGGUUUAUAGAUGUGGCGGGAGUGAGUGCAGCGGUGCACGCGGUAGGCGCGUUAAGUGUUACGAUGAUUGGGUUUCGUCCCUUUGGCAACUACUAUGGCCUCUCCUUCGUACUCUACGAGCUCUCAACCCCGUUUCUAAAUAUCCACUGGUUCUGCGAUAAACUCGGCGCCACGGGCUCGAGGCUCCAACUCUAUAACGGUAUUGCCUUGCUGGUCUCUUUCUUUAUGUGUCGGUUGGUGUGGGGUACCUAUCAGAGUGUGUUGAUAUAUUCGGAUAUUUGGACGGCAUUGACGGUGGGGGAUAAUCAAUUGAGGGGGGAGAUGAUGAGGGAGAUGGGGAUGAAGGGGGUGGACGGGGGGAAGUGUGAUGGUAGGGGGAGUGAUAGGAGAGAGGGGGGAGGGGUAGAUGUCACUGGGUGUGGGAUUGGGGAGUUGCCUAUGUGGUUGGUGAGUGUGUAUCUUGUGGGAAAUACGGCAUUGAGUUUUUUGAACUUUUAUUGGUUUGCGCAGAUGAUUAAGGCGGUUAGGAAGAGGUUUGUUCCGAGGGAUAAGCAAGGUGAAAGCCGGAAGGUGAAGGGAAAGGUGGUUAGGGAGACGAAUGGGUUUGUUAAGAAAGCUCAGUAGAUUCUGAGAUGGUGUGGCGGCAAAUGAGGAUAUGUGAGUUAGUUAAAGUGAAGUUUGGUGUGAGGCGGUUAGACUACCGCUGUAGGAAUAUAGAAAUGCAGAUUUGUAGG